CUUGCCCGAAAUAGUUUCUUUGUUGAUUUUUGCUGCUCAAAGUUUAUAGGGUGGAACGACUUAACCUUUUUUUCUUUCUCUCUUACCAAAUGCACCAAAAUACACUGAAAUAGAACCUUGACAAGUCAAUUAAGCAGUAGGAGGACAGAAAUCGGCCGGAUUUAUAUUGAAUUCAGAUAUUUGACAUGAAACUGACUUUCACUUUCAAGACAUCUUUACCUCAUCGAAAAUGAAAGUACAGUACAAGUCAAGCUCAAACCUAGUAGCAAAGGGACUUAUCUUUAAGUACAUGUAAAGUUCAUUUCCAGGAGGAGCCAUUACGCCAACACAUCAGCUUUCAGUUUCGGAAAUAUACCUGGUAUUUCAAAAGAUUUCAAAUGGUUAGUAUCAGUUUCAUAAAUUCUUUUUAACAAGGUAUUUUAUAUUUUGCUUUCAAAGUAUGUUUGGUGUCGGUAUUCAAAUGUUUUCCCAGAGGAAACAAUUUAACUGUUUUUUAGCGCACAUUCUAGCGCAAAUUCAUAAUUUUUGUCCUUGGAUUAUAUGUUAUUUGUUUGUGGAUUAUUGACACAGGAUGACGAGAGCCGAAGUAGACACCGAGUGUAAUGAUCUGUGUUAAUUUCGGUGGCUGUUCAUUAAGACUUAUCUCAGACUAGGAUAAUGUAAUGGAAACAUUACCAUAUAUGAAUCAUUGAUGGCUGGUUGGACUUGCAUCAAGUGUAUGUUUUUCGUUGCAUUGAUUUCGUCACUCAGAGCCAAAGAAUGUGCUGUACAAGUAGAACAGGUUAUCAGAAGGGAAGAGCCAUUUUUCAAUAAAUCAAACUAUCGUGAAAGAUGUGCACUGCAAAUUUAUGAUUACACUGGAAGAAAAGCAAUGUGUAACGGCUACUUUCUUCACCCAAAAUGUGUGUGUUCUUUUUACGCAUAUGAAUUAGAAAUACCGGAUGUGUGCGAUCGUUCUGAUCCCAAGAAGAAUGGUAGCUUGCACCACGUGUCAGUGGAUUUCUGUAGAGAAUACAGCUUUACAAAGAAUGGACCGUGUCAGAACAAUGGCACAUUAAUACCUUCUUCAGAUUUAGCGAUUGAAGCAAAAUGUGAAUGUAAGAAAAACUAUACAGGGGAAUUUUGCGAUGUGUAUAACGGGAAAAUUAAAUGUGGUGAUACCAACCCCGGCGUGAAGUCGCCCCCAGGCUGUGAUGAAAUAGGAUUCAAUGGUCGAUAUUGUGUCCAUAAAAUUCAGGGAGUCAGCUUUUGGUGCGAUUCGGAGUCCCCUGUUUCAGAUAGUAUGGAUGACUGUUCUGUUCUACCAUCAAUAAUUGAGAAAAUGCAGGGCAGCUCAGGAACUAGUAUAAAAGCUGCAACAUUCCUUGUUUUUGUCACACUACUUCAUAUGUUAUGAAUGUGGAACAAAUGAGUGAAUAUUGCAUAAAGACUUCAACCUGAAGCAUUCAUCCACAAGUGUCUGUACUAAAGCUUAAAGUGCACUAUAUAUAAUUGUACUGUAUGGUUGCAUUUAAGUGACAACAUUCUCCUUAAUAGAAAAUGUGGAUGCAUAAAUUUCUGACUGUGUCAGGUAUAGAAUCGCACAUGAAGUUUGAUCGAGGCCUUGAAUGUAUCGGUUGUACUUUAAUGCGCGUAUGAAAGUUUACGGGUGACUACAAAUGGGGCAUUAACCGUCCUAUCAUUUAACUCUAUUCAUUAUUUGUCAUUGAACUUUUUUCUCACUUUGUUUUAUCAUUAAAUUAAAAUAUUUUUGAAAUAUAUUUGAAAUUAUUUCAAAAAGGCUCUAUUCAUUGAUAAUAUUGUUUUGAGCUGUUCAUUUUUUAAUUAUUGUUUAAUUUUAAGUUUUAGUGGUAGAAAUGUUAUGACAAGCAUUACCUAGCCUACUUUAUAUAAAAGUAGGAGUUUAAUGUGAUUAUAUAAAACCCUUUAUUUCCGUGUGAUUGCCCCACUGUACGUAUAAUGAUGUUACAUGUAAGUUCAUCCAUCAAAGCGACUGAAGUGUUACUUAUUAAGAAUAUGAGGAAGCUCUUAUAAUAAACUUGUGUUAGCCAGGAGACAUGAACAUUGAAGGAGGAUAAUUUUUCCGCUCAGACAUGGCAAUUAAUAAUUGUUAACAAAUAUGUGUGUGAUAUUUGUGCUGUUCUAAAUUGUUCUUAUAAGUACUAGUUAUGUUUCUGAAAUGGCAGAAAACUUCAAUUGUAAAUAUUAUGUACAUAAUGUAUAAUUACUAAAUUUGUGUAAAUAUACAUAUAUACAUAUGCAAUUUAUACAUAUUGCAAUUUUCAUGACAGAAGAGUAAGGGUGCAUGAUGAAAUUUAUUACACAUGGUACAUGUAUUAUGAAUUCUACUAAAUAGUAAACGAACAAGGCAUACUUAAGUACAUGUAUACUGUUUAUACAUGUACUUGCCUAAAAGUCGGUUGGCCUUUAAGUUGUUUGUAUUAUUAGGCACAUAUUUUGGUGGGAUUUACCAUUGACCCGCUUAUAAGUUGGUACAAUUUUUUGCCAAAAUCGGGUGAAAAUUUUAAGUAAAUUCAUUGAUGUUUUAACUGGUUUCUAUUAAUAUUUUUCGAAAUGAAUCUUAUACUGUUUAUACAUGUACUUGCCUAAAAGUCGGUUGGCCUUUAAGUUGUUUGUAUUAUUAGGCACAUAUUUUGGUGGGAUUUACCAUUGACCCGCUUAUAAGUUGGUACAAUUUUUUGCCAAAAUCGGGUGAAAAUUUUAAGUAAAUUCAUUGAUGUUUUAACUGGUUUCUAUUAAUAUUUUUCGAAAUGAAUCUUUAUUUAAUCUUAAAUCAUUAAACAAAUAAGUAAUGCUUACUCAAGAUACAAAAAAUAUUAAAAUAUGUAAAUACUUGUACAUUAUGUAUAUUCUAAGAAUACAUAAAUUAUCAUAUACUAAAACAUAUACUUGCAUUUUUUUCAAUAAUCCUCAGAAAUGCAUAUAAAAUACUACGUAACAUUUCAGCAUCCAGAAAAAUGCAAAUUUCUUUACAACUUGCCUAUAAGUUGGACAGAGAGUUUAAGACAAAAUGUUAACUCCCAAAACACUGACUUAUAGGCGAGUACUUAUUGUAUAUAGUACUCAUUCAUAAAAUACAUUUAAAUGAAACACAAUUGAAAAGAGAAGCAAAAAUAUAUCCUUGAAAUAAUAGGGAGAAAGCCCCCAUUUCCUCCAAUACCAAGUGCCUGAAUUUCUUGAAAACAUAAAUUGCUCAAAUUCGUAUACUCAGGCUAUAGAUCUCUAUCACUUGUUUUGUAGC